AAUUUAAAUGUUCCCAUCUCCGUUGUGCCUGUUAUGAGACGUCGCUGUGUCAUCUGCGGUAUUGAACCCCCAAGCGAUGCAUGCGGAAAGCGCACCUUUCACUAUCCGAAGACGAAAAAGGAAGCGCGUAUCUGGCAGCGCAGCCUGAAUGCCCACAACAUACCGGUGGAUGCAAUUCAGAAAUAUUGCUGCGUGUGCAUCGAACACAUACCACAGUUUGUGCAGGAAACCCAAAACCAGGCUGCCAAAUUUAAGUGCUGCACGGGACAAACGCAAAAUAAAAAUGGAGACUUGGAGUGCUGUUGUGAGCGCGGUCCAUCAGCUGAACUACCGGAGGGAUUUAGCAAGCCAGCCGUCAAUGUGUUGCUGAUGACGGGUGCUUCAUUGCCCUCUUACUGUGGCAAAUCGUGCCAUUCGGAUGAAAAGAAGAAAUCCAAAGUUGCUAUUGCUGGCUCGGAAACUGAUAUCUGUGUACUAGAGUCGAAUUUCAGCGAUGGCGGUGCUAAAUUUCCUGAUAUCGAUACAACAGAAUUUACAGUACUUCGCACACCUACCCAAGACGAUGUGGCCAAGAAACAGGAGGAGGAGGCAGCGAAAGACGAGUGCCUGCGCGAUUGCACGGAUGUCCUGUUGCUGGGUCGGGGACGCCACCCGACGGAUGAGUGCCCGUGUAAUUGUGAUCAUUGUCUUAAACCGCAGCAGGAAGAAGCUGAGAACUGCUGCAAGUCAGUCUGUUGUCCGCCUCUGCCCCAACCACCGCCACGUCAAGAUCACCCGCCAUGCGGCUGCGAAUGCGAACAGCAAGUUCGGUAUGAGCUGAAUCAGAUUAUUGAGGACCAACAAGCUCGUAUACGGCAGUUGGAGGACAUACUCAAUCGCCAAACUACCAUGCAUCAGACACUACAAUGCAAAAUUGACGAUCUGUACAGUGAGUUUAACCGAAUGAGUCCGGAUACUACACUCCACGCUCCCGAGAAGCAUGAACCUGCGCCCGAAGAAUCGCUGCCCCGGGAAGAGGAGCACAUUAAGAAGGGCAAGCGGAAAAAACAUAAGAAAAGCCUUACGCCGCCCAAGGAGCAUCGCAUCAUGCGCGACAGCGAUGAAGACAUAUUCCCCACCGUUGAGCCAUUUCCAACCACACCGCUGUUUCGCAGGGUGCAAUACUAUUUAGGCAAAAAUCCGAAGGCUCGCGAUACUGAUAGCACCAAGAGCUGCAACUGGCUCGAAACUAAAGAUGAUCAAAUAGCGAAGAUCAACAAUGAGGCUCCAUUGCCAACGUUUCAAGUUUUUUAGGUCAUAUUUUUAAUAUCUUUGGCAUUCACAUACUUUUUGGUACUGUAAAAUAUGGGAAUAAAACAUCUUAUGGUUUAACCGAAAA